AUGGCAGCUCCAGUGCAGGAUUCACACAGACUCUCUGUGAAAACAUGGACGGAAGAAGAAAGUGACAGAGCUGACAGUAAACUGAGCAGAGGACAGUCCUUGUGUGACGACACGUCUUUGGAGCUGCAGAGGGUGGCAGCCAAUGACAGGAGAGAGCUCAGGUCACAUGGAGCUCUGUCCAGGAUAGUGAGUCUGGUGAUAAACCUAAGGGACUGGGCCCAGAAGAGUCUGGUCGAGGAGGUGGAGCGUCCGGAUUCCUUUUUAGAGCGUUUCCGAGGCCCCGCCCACCUGGACUUACGGGCCGCCCCCAGCAGAUUCAGCAACAACCACGCCGGCUCUGAUGUCGAUAAUGGAAUCAGACGAACCAGACGCACCAGAAAACAAAGUUCUGCCCUGGUUCUAUCUCCAUCUGACGAUGUGUACUACUACUGGCUGGUACUCAUCAGUACUGCAGUAUUUUAUAACUGGACCCUGCUGGUUGUCAGGUCCUGUUUUGAGGACCUUCAGAUGAACAACGUUCAGGUGUGGCUGGUCCUGGACUACAUCUGUGACGGGGUCUACAUCCUGGACAUCGCCGUCCGUCUUCACACAGGUUUCUUGGACCAGGGUCUGAUGGUGAAGGACGUGCGGCGAUUGAGGGAAACCUACCUUCGGACGGUGCAGUGUAAACUGGACAUCUGCUCCGUCCUUCCCACCGACCUGCUCUACCUCACCGUGGGAGUGGGCUACACCGCCCUUCUUCGCUUCAACCGUCUGCUGCGUCUGCCCCGUCUUUUUGAGUUCUUUGAGCGUACGGAAACACGAACGGGCUACCCCAACGCCUUCCGCAUCUGUAAGCUGGUUCUCUACAUCCUGGUCAUCAUCCACUGGAACGCCUGUGGCUACUACAGCUUCUCCAAGGUCCUGGGUCUGGGCUCCGACCCCUGGGUUUAUCCCAAUGCUUCAGACCCAGAGUUUGGCUCCCUGACUAGACGUUACGUCUACUGUCUGUACUGGUCCACGCUGACCUUGACCACCAUUGGAGAAACACCUCCUCCUGUCAGAGACGAGGAGUACCUCUUCCUCAUAUUUGAUUUUCUGGUCGGCGUUCUGAUUUUUGCCUCCAUCGUCGGUAACGUUGGCGCCAUGAUUUCAAACAUGAACGCCACGAGAACCGCCUUCCAGAGCCGCGUCGAUGCGCUGAAACACUACAUGCACUUCAGACACGUCAGCAAAACCCUGGAGCAACGUGUCAUCCACUGGUACGACUACCUCUGGACCAAUCAGAAGACCAUCGAUGAACAGGAAGUGCUGAAGAGCCUGCCCACCAAACUGAGAGCCGAGAUCGCCAUUAACGUUCACCUGGAAACACUGAAGAAGGUGUGUAUCUUCCAGGAUUGUGAAGCUAGCCUUCUGGUGGAGUUGGUGCUCAAACUAAGGCCCCAGGUUUUCAGCCCUGGAGACUACAUCUGUAGAAAGGGCGACGUGGGAAAGGAGAUGUACAUCAUUAAAGAUGGCCGCCUGGCUGUGGUGGGCGAGGACGGCGUCACCCAGUUUGCUGUGCUGACGGCAGGAAGCUGCUUCGGUGAAAUCAGCAUCCUGAACAUCAGUGGCAGUAAGAUGGGCAACAGGCGCACGGCUAACAUCCGCAGCCUGGGCUACUCCGACCUGUUCUGUCUGUCCAAACACGACCUGAUGGAGGCGCUGCAGGAGUUCCCCUACGCCAGGGCCCAGCUGGAGCAGAGGGGGCGGGACAUCCUGCAGAAGGAGGGGCUUCUUGAGGACAUGAACGUGUCUGCAGGGGAGGAGCUGGAGGGAAAAGUGGAGCGGCUGGAAACCAGUCUGGACCGGUUACAAACCUGCCUGGCCCGUUUACAGAGUGAGUUCAACUCCUCCCAGCUGAGGCUGAAGCGGCGAAUCACUGCACUGGAGCACAGCGUCACCACGGCGACCACGGGCAGCGGCUUCUUAUCAGACGCCGAUGGAAACGAAACGACUGUUGAUUUUACACACAGUGAAGUCAACAUCCGGCUGUGACGGACAAACAACAGUCAGAAGUACAGUCUCACCCCACACACCCAACCGCCGACACAGCCUAGACCUGAGCCAAAGGUCAAAGGUCAAAGACGGCUGCUCUUUCUUUUUGAUUUCAACAAAAAUCGUUUCCAACACCACAAUAUGACAUGAUGUUUUAUCGCCCCCUGCUGUCCCUAACCUGUCUACAGUAUCAAAUUAUGCUUGGGCUCCCUCUUGUGGUACGUAACAUAAUCUGAUUCCUUUUAGGAGCUGUUCUCUCUGUCUCUGUGGUUUCAGGAGAAUUGAAGUACUAGUUGUACUAGUUGUACUAGUUGUACUAGUUGUACUAGUUGUAGUACUACUUCUAGUUGUACUAGUUGUACUAGUUGUACUA